AUGCCAAUCGACGACUCUGACGAUGAUGUCCCACAGCUCUCAGGCGACGCUCUGUCCGCGCUGAAAGAGUUUUACGGCGAGCGUGAUGCACGCCAGGAGCAGUUUGAGGCAUUGAAGUCGCAAGCCGAAGAUGACUUCGACGGGAAACUGUCCAUGGACGCCUUCACCGAAGACUGGAAUGCAAGCCAAUUUUGGUAUAGCGACGAGACCGCCACAGUGCUUGCAAGACAGCUGCUCGACGGCGCCACAGACGAAACGAGUAUUGCGGUUGUGAGCGCACCGAGUGCGUUUAUCCAGAUAAAGAACCUGCUCGCUUCUGGGGAGUACAAGUGUCGACCGCGCAUAAAGUUGCUGGAGAUUGACGAGCGGUUUGCUGUGUUCAAAGAAUUUGUACGCUAUGAUUUCGAGAAAGCGUUACAACUACCUACUGAGCUGAAAGGCUCCUUUGACCGCAUCAUCGUCGACCCUCCCUUCUUAAGCGACGAUUGUCAGACCAAAGCCACCUUGACCGUGCGAUGGCUAGCUAAAGGAUGGUCAUCUGAGACCGUGCGAAUAAUUGCUUGCACCGGAGAGCGAAUGGAAAGCAUCAUCACAGGCAAGUUGUAUGGCAAAGCUGGUGUCAAGACCACAGACCAUGACAUUAGACACGCGAAAGGCCUGAGCAAUGAGUUUAGAACAUACGCAAACUUUGAGUGCGAUGCGUGGAAAUGGUUGCAGCUCUUGUGA